AUGUCAGGUCCACUCGUAGUCGACAUCCACACUCAUGUUUAUCCGCCCGCAUACAUCGAUAUGCUUCGCGCCCGCAAGAAGGUGCCGUAUAUCCACAACCCCUCUGACGGGGGACCACCUCGUCUGAUCAUCCUCGCAUCAGACGACGACUCGAACAUUCCCGUCGAUCAGCGCGGCCGACCCGUCGAUUCAUCAUACUCGGACAUCAAAGUCAAGCUAGACUUUAUGAACAAGCACGGAAUUGACUGCAGCGUGAUUUCUCUCGCGAAUCCCUGGCUGGAUUUCAUCGGGGAAGAGCAAGCCUCGGAAUGGGCGCAAAAAAUCAACGACGAUCUCGAAUCAACCUGCGCUCAGUCGAAUAGCACAGCGGCGCCAUCAGCCCGGCUCCGCCGUCUUUUCGCAUUCGGGACUUUACCUCUCGGGGCACCCUCGCCCGCGGCCAUUGCCGACGAGCUGCAUCGGAUCAAGACCCUACCUCAUCUUCGCGGCGUGAUUAUGGGCACCACCGGGCGAAGUCAGGGAUUAGAUGAUCCGAACCUGGACCCCGUGUGGAAGGCAUUGGAAGAUACUCAAUUGAUGCUCUUCCUACACCCUCACUACGGUCUACCCGACGAGGCCUUUGGUGGACCCGAGAUUGUUCGACGCUACGGGCACGUUCUGCCUUUGGCGCUGGGAUUCCCGUUGGAAACCACCAUUGCGGUGACGCGCAUGUAUUUGAGUGGCGUCUUUGAUCGGUUCCCGCGUCUUCAGAUCCUGCUGGCUCAUUCUGGGGGCACACUUCCCUUCUUGGCGGGCCGGAUCGAAAGCUGUAUUGCUCAUGAGCGGACUUUUAAGGUGAAUGGUGGGAAUGUUCAGGGUCCGCAGAGGGACAUCUGGGAUGUUUUGAAAACGAAUAUCUACCUCGAUGCUGUGGUGUACGGGACCGCUGGGAUGAAAGCAGCGGUAGAGGCUAGUGGAGGGACUACUGAUCGUGUGCUGUUUGGAACUGAUCAUCCUUUCUUCCCUCCGCUGAACGAAGAAGACGAGAAGUGGGCCAGUGUAGUGACAAAUUACUCAGCGAUUGACAAGUCCUUUGAGCAGAAUGCCGACGCGAUUGCUAGAGUACUCGGAGGAAAUGCCAUUCGGCUCUUGAAGUUGGCAUAA